AUGCGCAAGGCAGGCGGUCCCCUUGUUGGCAGUGCUGCAGGGUCUGUGUGCAGCUCUCCCCAGAUGGAUUUGCAGGAGUGCCAGGAGAUGAGGCCAAAAUCCUGCAGCCGAAGCCAAGAGAAGUCCUCUGUAUAUGCAGCCUUUAGUCUACCACCUAUCGAUGGCACAGCUCCUAGUGUGCAGAAGAAACACCCUGGUAGUGCCAUGAAGAAAAAGGUCUUGAGGAAGCAGGACAACAUGCCCUUACUGCCCAAUAAGCCCAUCAUCCAUGGGGAUGGCAGCUUCCCAUGCAUCUCCUCAGUGACCUCGCAGACGGCCACUGGGGCCAAGCGACGAGAGAAGAUGCCCCGUGGGCACGGGCAGAAGGACAGAGCCUUUUCAGACCCACAGCAGUCCUUGCAGGAGGCACUCUCCAUGCUGGGCAGCGAUGACUGGGAACUGAAGGAGAAGGGACUCUUCAACAUCCCACGCCUGGCUGAGUCCCAUCCAGAAGUCCUGCUUUCCAGACUUCAUGAGAUUUGCUUGGCAGUUACCAGCGAGGUGACCAACCUCCGGUCCAAGGUGUCCUGCUCAGCAGUUGUCACUCUGGGAGAGCUCUUUGCCCUCUUGAAGAAGGACAUGGACUCUGAACUGGAUGAGGUUGCUCCAGUCCUUCUCCACAUGGUGCACAACUCCCCAGAGUUUAUUCAGAAGGCAGCCUGUCAGAGCCUGGGGAUGAUGGUGGAGAAUGUGACUCCUGCACGAGCAAUGACUGUUCUCAUGGACAGGGGAGUCAAGAGCCGCUACACCCAGGCGCGGAAGUGUGCGGCCGAACUCCUCCUGUCCUUGGUGGAGAAAAUGGGAGUCACCAAGCUCGCAGGCACCCCCAGGGCUGAGAGGCUGGCACAAGUGGCAGGGAAACUGGCUCAGGACCGUCACCAGGACACAAGGCAUUAUGGACAGGAGAUGGUGAAGAUGUUACUGAAUAAUCAAAAAUUUAAAAAGUUUUUGGAACAAUCUCUUUCCAAGCAUGACCUGGAAGAUAUCCUGACAAGAAUUAAGAAGAAGGGGUUGGAAAACCAGAAGGGUGAAUGCCCAUCUGUCAAGGAGCCGGUGAAGGAGAGGAAGGAUGGCUUGAAGGAGCCCCAGGCCACAUUGCCUUCUAGCAAACGGGUGAAGCCUGCCCCUGCUGUGGAAGGAAGGGAGUCACUCCAGAAGCUUUACCAUCUCCUGGAAGCCAAGGGGUUUCAGGCACGGAUGGAAGGAGUGGGACUCCUCCUAGACCUGUGCAAAACCAGCCCCCAGCUGAUCUCCAGUAACAUUGUCCAAAUUUUUGAUUAUUUUCUCCUGAGAAUAAAUGACACACACAAGAAAGUGAAGCAGAAGGCGCUGGAGGUGCUGGCAGAAAUGACAGGACUCCUGGAAGAUGCCCUGAACCCGGUGAUGGUCCGUUUGGUGGAGGGAAUAACAAAGAACCUAAACUCAAAGGAUCCCGGGGUUCAUGCUGCAGCUGUGAACGCACUGGACAGAUCCGUUGCUCAUUUGGAUGAAGUAUCACUGAUGAAAGAGCUCAGCCAUCAAUGGAGCCAACUGAGUGGUGAAGCUCUGCUGGAGGUCACGGAGCGUAUCACAGAUCUUGUGGAAUGGGUUUAUGCCAGGAACCCUGAAGUGGUCCAGCGCUACGCCCUGCCCGUGCUCUGGUCCUGCCUGGAGAACAAGGCGCUGCCUGUGCGAAGCGCCAACGUCUGCGCUGUGGUCACCAAGCUUGCCUGUGCCCUCUGCGAGGUGAUGGGCACCCAGCUGAUUAGGUGUGCUGAGAGCAAGCCUCCACACGUGCAGGAAAAUCUCUCCAGCCUUUUGGGCCUGACUGGCUACUCCCUAGCCAAGAGGUUUUCCCUGGCAAGUCCCUUCAUGCUCCUUCCAUUCAAGCUGUUGCUGCGCACCCCCAAGUGCUCUCUUUCAACCAAGAUAGGCAAGAUGUGCCACGGAGAAGUGGAGACUGGGAUACCUGGCAAUGGCUGGGAUGAGGAGAGCAGAAAGAAAGAGGAGCUCACAUUAGAGAGAAAAGGAAGUAAGACCUCCUUGCUGUGUUCCACUGAAGGGGAAAUGAAGAAGGGGUCACUGGGACUGCCUUUGAUCCGCAUGGAUGCGCCAGGAUCCAGCAUUAGAAGCCAAGAGAAGACCUUGGAACAUGCAGGCCUGACUGGCUACCCUCUUGCCAAGAAGUUUUCCCUGUAUGUUUCUGAUGUUCCCGUACGGAGAAAGUCCUUGUCUCCAGUCCAGAAGAGCUGUCUUUCCUUGAAGAUCAGGAAGAGGCUGCCAACUGAUCGAAGUGUGUUUGAAGAAUAG